UCUACAGCAUCAAUAUUUCUUUCUAGCUAGUGAUUGAUUUGCUUGAUUCAUACUUCAUCCUCUUUAAAGAUACGAUCAAAUUUUAGCUCUUAGUAUCCAGAAACAACACACAUAGCUAAUUUAAUAGCCAUGGGUUCAUUGGGUUCAUUGGUUUCUUGUGAUCAAGAAGAAAUGUUAGUGCAAAAUGUUUGUGAGAUCUAUGACAGCCUAUCAACCUUACAAAGCCUCAAACCUUCAAAAGAUGUUGACACUCUUUUCACUCGACUAGUCCUAACUUGUAUGCCACCAUCUCCAAUUGAUGUGACCAAAUUACCAGGAAAAGUUCAAGGAAUCCGUUCCAAACUCAUUCGUCUCUGUGGAGAAGCCGAAGGUCUCUUAGAAUCUCACUUCUCAGCCCUGUUGGGUUCUUACGAUAUCCCACUUGAUCAUAUUGGUAUGUUUCCGUACUACACCAAUUACAUCAAACUUGGCCGUCUUGAAUAUACUAUAAUGAGCAAUUAUAUCACAAAUGCAAACCCAGGUGACAUCGCUUUCAUCGGAUCCGGACCCCUGCCUCUCACGUCGAUAGUAUUGGCUUCAAACCACCUGAAAACCACUAUGUUUCACAAUUAUGAUAUCGACCGAUCAGCCAAUGCUCUGGCUUCUAACUUGGUAGCUGCAGAUCCUGACUUGUCCGAGCGAAUGUUAUUUCAUGAUACUGAUAUUAUGGAUGUUACUACUGGUUUAAGCGACUAUGAAGUUGUCUUCUUGGCUGCUUUAGUUGGUUUGAACAAAGAAGAUAAACGCAAAGUGAUUGAUCAUCUAGCUAAGCACAUGGCACCAGGGUCCUUAUUAAUGUUGAGGAGUGCUCACGGUGCUCGUGGUUUUCUGUAUCCAAUUGUUGAGCCUAGUGAUCUUCCAGGUUUCGAGGUUCUUGCUGUUUUCCAUCCGAUGGACGAUGUGAUAAAUUCGGUCAUUGUUGCACGUAAAAGCAAGGAUAAGUACCAGUACUAGUUCAUGGAGUUAUUUGUUGUUUUUUUCAUCCGAUGGACGACGUCAUAAACUCGGUGAUUGUCGCACUAAGAGUAAGUACCAGUACUAGGUCAUGGAGUUAUUUGGUUUGUUUUUCUUCAACAUGUGAAAGUGAAAAAUGUUCACUUCAAUAAAAAUUCCUAUUAUGGAUGUUGUGAGUGUGUGAGGUGUAAGUCCCAUUUUAGAUCAAUAAAAUUAUGUUUGAUA